CUAGCUUGGGGUAAGGUUGGAAGAUGGGAAAUGACAGAGCGUAGCGAAAAAACAGAGAAAUAGUUGUGAGCACAUACAGAGACUGAGGGAGAAAAAGAAGAUUGCUACCUUAUACACCGCAACUCCUCUAGUCAUUAUCUUUACUCCACGCAAUAAUCUUCACUGCAAUUAUCAACCAUGGGUAGUAACGAACUUCCUUUUACUUUGGCCGAUGCAAGCCUUGGCCACCUAGACUGUCUUGUCGAUGGACAGACUGUAGUCGCCAAAUCAGGCAAACGCUUCGAUGUCAUUGACCCCGGCACUGGCAAAUCUUGGGCGUCGUGCCCAGACUGCCGACAAGAAGACGUCGACGCUGCAGUCCAGUCGUCACAUCGGGCCUUUCAAACAUACUCUAAAUGGACACCUAGGCAAAGGGCCCAGACGUUGUUGAAAUGGCACCAGGAGAUUGUUGCUGCGCGAGAUGACCUCGCCAAGAUUCUGGUCUACGAGACGGGCAAACCCCUUGCGGAAGCUUAUGGCGAAGUCGACUACGGCACCACCUUCACCUGGUGGUUUGUAGGCGAAGCAGAGCGAAUCCAGGGAGCUUCAAUUGUCAACGCAGUCCCUGGCCGACGAGCAGUUACCAUCAAGCAGCCUAUUGGAGUUGUCGCUGCUCUUGUGCCAUGGAACUUUCCCCUGGCUCUGAUUCUCAGAAAGGCGAGCGGAGCCCUUGCGGCAGGCUGCACCAUGGUUGUCAAGCCUUCGCCUGAGACACCCAUCACAGCGCUCGCAGUGGCUCGGCUUGCACUGAAGGCUGGAUUCCCUCCGGGAGUACUUAAUACCCUAACAACAAGCCUCGAAGGCACGCCAGAAUUGGCAGAAGCACUGUGUCUUCACCCACUGGUCAAAAAGGUGACCUUUACUGGCAGCACAAGAGUCGGCAAGAUUAUCACGAGCCAUUGUGCGAAAAACCUGAAAAAGGCUUUGGUUGAACUUGGCGGAAACUGCCCCUUUAUCGUCUUUGAUGAUGCCAACCUUGACCAAGCGCUGGAACACUUUAUGCCACUCAAGUGGCGGCAUGCGGGUCAGGCUUGCGUUUCUUCAAAUAGAGUCUACGUACAACGAGGAGUUUAUGACAAGUUUGUUGCUGCCAUUAUCAAGGCCACAUCUGAACUGAAGAUUGGCCACGGAAUGGCAGAGGGCACUACCCUAGGUCCAGUCACGACGCCAAGAAGUCUUGAUAGGGCCGAAGACAUGGCCAAGGAUGCUAUUUCCAAGGGAGCAAAGAUGGUGCUUGGGAAUGGGCUCAGAGACCAAACGGCAGAUGGAGGUUAUUUUAUGAAGCCUACAAUCUUGACAAAUGUCACAGAUGAUAUGCUCAUGAGCCAGGAUGAAAUAUUUGCGCCUCUAUUGGGAGUUUCGGUGUUUGACACAGAAGAGGAAGUAAUUCAACGGGCCAACAAUACUGCCAUGGGCCUAACCAGCUAUGCUUUUACAAAGAAUGUGGACAGACUUUGGAGGCUUUUUGAACGAUUGGAAGCAGGCAUGAUUGGUUUGAAUACAGGUACUAAUUCUUGCGCUGAAUCACCAUUUGGGGGCAUUAAGGAGAGUGGAUCGGGUAAGGAGAGUGGAAAGGACGUUGCUGUUGAUGAGUAUAUGGUUAUAAAGACUGGAACUUUCACCUUUGAGGGCUUGUAAAAUAUUGUAGGAAUACGUUUUUAACAUGCACAAUGCAUUUAACCAAGCUACUGAUAUAAUAAAAACCACGGGG